AUGGCAGCCCGCGCUCAAAAGGGCGAAGGCGAAGGAAGGUGGUGGCUCGGAGCACAGCUGUCGUCGUCUCUCCCGGUAGGCACCGCUCCCUGGCGCAUCGCUGGCACCGUCGCCGCCCACAUCAGCACUCCCAUCGGCCCCCAACCGGCGCACAAGGCAGCCCACAGGCCUGUGCUCGUCGCGGACGAUGGCAUGCGCCGCUCACCAGGCGCCGGCGCCAAUCUUGAUCUCAAUCUGAUCCGCAUCUUUCGCAAGGAUUUGAUAUCCUUCGUCUUCCCGGCCUUCUCGCCUGUCAUUGGCCUGCCCUAUCCGUCGUUCCCCGCCUAUUGUCUAGGCCUGCUGCUCUCAUUGGUCCGCGCCGCCAAGUAUACGGCGGACGGCGUGCUCGGACGAACUCGCGGCCGUUUCUCUGUCCCGACGAACGACGAUGUCAAAGACCACUCCAACACCGUCAUGCUCGCCUUCCAGAGGCUCCUCGACGCCGUCAUACUCAAACUGCUUCCCGCUCCGAUACGAGCAUUGCUGCUGCCAGAUACGGCCAGUCUGCUCUGGACGGGACCCAAUCACGCCGGCCAAACCAGGCGCAGCGCGCAGGAUUAA